AUGUUGGAAGGUUGCCGAACCGCUCAUUCUGCAAUAAAAUUGCCAUUAAACCUGCAAGCGGUUGAAGAACCGACAUGUAACAUAGCGAAACAUUCAGCAAUGGCCAAAGUUUCGGUAGCAAGCAAAAUCAUUAUCUGGGACGAAUGCACAACGUCGCACAAACGCGCGUUAGAAGCUCUGAAUCGCACUAUGAAAGAUCUGCGUAAUGACGCAAGACAUUUUGGGGGUGCAUUGAUUUUACUCUCAGGCAAUUUCCGGCAAACACUACCAGUAAUACCACGAUCGACCGCUGCCGAAGAGACCAAUACUUGCCUGAAAUCAUCACCAUUGUGGCGUUAUGUGUGGAAAAUUCAGCUGACGACAAACAUGCGAGUUGCAUUACUAAACGAUGCAUCUGCCGAACUGUUCUCUAAUCCACUGCUAACUAUCGGUAAUGGUCGUGUUCCUGCCGACGCAUCGAAUGGAUUCAUUUCGUUCCCGCCAAAUUUUUGCAAUUUCGUCUCAACGAAAGAGGAGCUCAUCAACAAAGUGUUUCUGAACAUCAUUGCUAACCACAAAAACUACGAUUGGUUGAGUGAAAGAGUAAUUUUAGCAGCGAAGAACAAGGAUGUGGACUGUGUAGCAAACGAAGAUGAAGCAACCAACUACCCAACUGAGUUCUUGAAUUCAUUGGAUGUGCCUGGCUUGCCACCGCACAAUUUACAAUUGAAGGUUGGUUCAGUCGUCAUCAUACUUCACAAUCUCAACCCACCAAAAUUAUGCAACGGAACGCGUUUAGCGGUCACAAAACUCAUGGCCAAUGUGAUUCACGCGWGACUACUAAAAGGAAAAUUCAAAGCUAUCAUUGACUCGGUUAAUGGCAAUAUAAUCCAAGCGUUAACCACAGCUAGCAUAAAAACCUUGUAA